GAAGUACAGGCAGUGAUCUGUCAGAGUUUCCUGACAUGUUCCUGUCCUUUCCCCUCAAUAAAACCAGAUGUUUAGCUCAGAGCAGGCACCGGGUCGCCCACACACACACACACACACACACCAGGACACACAUCCAGGACCCUCAGGAGCCUGGAUGAGCGGUGUAACCAGAUCCUGAGGAACAUGGAGGCCUCCCUGACGGCCCGGGAUCGCGUGGGCAUCCAGGAUUUUGUUCUCUUGGACCCCUACACGAGCGAGACAGCCUUCCUGGAAAACCUGAAGAAGCGCUUUCAUGAAAAUCUCAUUUACACUUACAUUGGGACGCUGCUGGUGACGGUCAAUCCAUAUAAAGAGUUAGACAUCUACAGCAAGAAGCAAAUGGACACCUACAUGGGAGUCAACUUCUUUGAGCUGCCACCUCACAUUUAUGCUCUGGCAGACAACGUCUUCCGCACCAUGCUGUCUGAGUUCAACAACCACUUCAUCCUGAUCUCAGGGGAGAGCGGGGCUGGAAAGACCGAGGCCUCCAAGAAAAUCCUGCAGUACUACGCUGUGAGCUGCCCGAGCACCAGACUCCUGAACAAUGUUCGAGACAGACUCCUUCUCUCUAAUCCAGUGCUGGAGGCUUUCGGAAAUGCCAAAACCUUGAAGAAUGACAACUCAAGCCGCUUUGGGAAAUACAUGGAUAUCCAGUUUGACCACCAGGGUGGUGCGGUCGGUGGCCACAUCCUCAGUUACCUGUUGGAGAAAUCCCGAGUGGUCCACCAGAACCACGGAGAGAGAAACUUCCACAUCUUCUACCAGCUGGUGGACGGAGGAGAGGACGACCUGCUCCUCUGGCUCGGCCUGGAGAGAAACUGCCAGCACUACAGUUAUCUGGUGCAGGGAGAUUGUGCCAAAGUUAGCUCCAUCAAUGAUAAGAGUGACUGGAGGACAGUGCGGAAAGCUCUCUCUGUCAUAGAGUUCAGUGAGAAUGAUAUUGAGCACCUGUUUGGAAUCAUUGCCAGCGUGCUCCACCUCGGUAACAUCCGGUUUGAAGCAGACGGGCGAGGCUACGCCUCUCUCAACACCAACCAGGAGAUGCACUGGGUGUCAAAGCUGCUGGGGAUUCCUGCUCAGGUGCUACAACAGGGCUUAACCCACAGGAAGAUUGAAGCCAAAAUGGAGGAGGUGCUCACUCCCUUCUCUGUGGACCACGCAGUGUAUGCCAGGGAUGCCCUUGCCAAAGCCAUCUAUGGCCGCACUUUCAACUGGCUGGUCAACAAGGUCAAUGAAUCUUUAGCCAACAAGGAUUCCUCCAGAAAGACAGUGAUCGGUCUGCUGGACAUCUACGGGUUUGAGGUUUUCAAUGUGAACAGCUUUGAGCAGUUUUGCAUCAACUACUGCAACGAGAAGCUGCAGCAGCUUUUCAUCCAGCUGACCCUCAAAUCAGAGCAGGAGGAGUACGAUAUGGAAGGGAUAGAAUGGGAACCGGUGCCAUAUUUCAACAACAAGAUCAUAUGUGACCUCGUGGAGGAGAAAUACAGAGGAAUCAUCUCUCAAUUGGACGAGGAAUGUUUACGUCCGGGAGAAGCCACAGAUCUCACCUUCCUGGAGAAGAUGGAGGAGAAGAUGGGCGGCCAUCCGCAUUUCGUCACACAUAAACUUGCAGACCAAAAGACGAGGAAGACACUGGAUCGGGGAGACUUCCGCCUCCUGCACUACGCAGGGGAAGUUACCUACUGUGUUGUUGGAUUCUUGGACAAAAACAAUGAUCUCUUGUAUCGUAAUGGGAAAGAGGUCAUGAGACAAUCCAAGAACGCCAUCAUCAAGCUCUGUUUUCCUUCUACUGAGCCGGACACUAAGAGGAGACCUGAGACUGUGGUGACUCAGUUUAAAAGCAGCCUCGUGGGCUUGACAGAGAUCCUCAUGUCCAAAGAGCCGUGGUACGUCCGCUGCAUUAAGCCCAAUGAAGCCAAGCAGCCAGGACGCUUUGAUGACGUGUUGGUGCGGCAUCAGGUGAAGUACCUGGGGCUGAUGGAGCACCUGAGGGUCAGGCGCGCCGGGUUUGCUUACCGCCGCAAAUAUGAGAUCUUCCUCCAGAGGUAUAAACCUCUGUGUCCUGAAACCUGGCCCAACUGGAAAGGGACGGCAGCAGAGGGGGUGCGGUGCCUCGUCAAACACUUGGGCUACAAAUCCAAUGAGUACAAGAUGGGCAGGACAAAAAUCUUCAUCCGCCAUCCCAGAACUCUGUUUGCAACAGAAGACGCCUUUCAGGUCUGCAAACAUAAGCUAGCGACAAGGAUUCAGGCCAAGUACAAAGGCUACAGGGUGAAAGGAGACUACAUGAAACAGAGAGACGCUGCGACUAAGAUUGAGAACUGCUGGAGAGGUAUCUUGGCCAGAAAGGAGCGAGAAAAGAGAUCAUGGGCUGUCAAGGUCAUCAAGAAGUUCAUCAAAGGUUUCAUGACCAGGAAUCAGCCGGCCUGCGUUGACAACAGCGAGUACCUGGCGUACGUGAGGCAGAACUACCUCACCAGGCUGAAAGAGAACCUUCCCAGAACCGUCCUGGAGAAAGACGCUUGGCUCACGCCUCCGCCUGUGAUGCAGGAGGCAUCCAAGCUCUUGAAGCAGCUCUACAUCCGCCACAUGGUGAAGAAGUAUGUUGGAGGAAUUACUCCACAGAGGAGAGCACAGCUUCUGUUAAAGUCACAGACGAGCUCCAUGUUUAAAGGAAAGAAAGAAAACUACUCAUUCAGUGUCUGCAGACCCUUCCUGGACACCAGGAUCAGCACAGGCGACAUACACAUCAAAGUGCUCCAGAUGAUACGACAGGAGCAAGUCAAGUACAGCGUGCCGGUCGUGAAGUACGACAGGAACGGCUUCAGGCCUCGUGACCGGCAGCUCAUCUUCACCCUGGAAGCCGCCUACCUGGUGGAAGAGGCCAGGAUCAAGCAGCGGAUCGAUUACAGCUCUCUGAUAGGCGUAUCUGUGAGCAACCUGAGCGACAACUUCCUGAUCCUUCAUGUUAAAAGUGAUGACAUCAAGAAAAAGGGGGAUCUGGUGCUGCAGUGUGACUUCCUGUUUGAGGCCUUGAUCAAGCUGAGUGUUAUAGCCAACAAGCAGAACUGCAUCAAAGUGGUGCAGGGCAGUGUGCGAUUCGACAUCCAGCCGGGCAGAGAGGGCUUUGUGGACUUUAAGAGUGGUCAGGAGUUCAUUGUCUACAGGGCAAAGAAUGGCCACUUGAUGGUGGUGAGUACAGACGCUGUUAAGUCAUCAUCAAAGCCGCCGACAAGUGACCAAGCUCUUUAUGUUUUUUAGGAAUCGACGAGAACCAAGACGAGAUUAUGAUGCGAACAUGAUGCUGAGUCUCCGAGCUGCAACAGCCAUGAUUGUUCUAAUAAUAAUCCUGCUGCAAAUAAAAGGAAAUAUUUGCAUUUUGCAUCCGAAACAUUUAAGUUGCAGAUGCUACUAUUACAUAAUUACUGCCAAUACCUCGACUGUAAAGAGAAAAAAACAUGUUUAUAGCAGAACCCAAUGUACAGAAUAUCAGUGGCUCUGCUUGUUCGUCAUAUUUUGACAUUAAAAACCAUCUAUAUGUGAGCAAACUGUCAACUACCCCUAAUACAAAGAGAAGCACUUGUAUUUUGUUUUGUAUUAAAUGUAUCAGAAAUUUUAGAUUAUACCAGUAGAGAGACAUAGUACCUGUGUGCAACCAUUAGUGUAUUCUUGUUUAUAAUACCUCACAGAUGCUGUAACUUUACAUUAAAACAUGUUAAACCACAA